AUGAGCUUCAUCGCGGACGAUGUGGAGAUCGACCCGGUCACACUCAACCUCAUCAUCCUCAUCGCCAGCUAUGUCAUCCUGCUCCUGGUGUUCCUCAUCUCCUGCAUCCUGUACGACUGUCAGGGCAAAGACCCCACGAAAGAGUACGCCCCGGACCCGGUGCCCAACGUCAACUCCGCUCCCAUCCGGCUGGUGGUCAUGCAGAGCUCACCCGCCAACGCCCGGUGGGACCAGAACAAGACGGUGACAUCUUACGAGACACCCAGCGCCGAGAAAAAGAGUACUUUGGUUUGA